AUGUUAAUAAUGAUUAUUGUAUCUUUGAAUAUAUACAUCAAUUGUAUUCCUAUAUCGAAUAAUAUAUGGACAUUGAAACAAAAUACCGGUUCAUUUCAAUCACAAAAUCAAGUACAAACAUUUAAUACAAGUGGAUAUUCAGUUCAAAAACAAAGUCAAACACAAUCAUUUAUUAACACUUAUAACAAUGGACAACAAAUUAUUCAGCAGCAAAUUCAACAACAAAAUCAACAAUUUAAUUCAAUUCAAUCACAAGCUCAACAUCAAUCGAUAAAUUCUGGAAACUUGCAACCAAUAAAUACAUUACCAAUGAUUAUUCAACCAAACCAAAAUGAUGGUUUACAAAUUUCAAUUGAUCAAACACAACAACCAUUCGAUUCACAGAUAUAUAAUCAACCAGAAUCACUGAGUCAGCCACGAAAUGACGUUGGUCAUUCAAUACCUGAUCAUCAUCAACAACAAGAAGAACAAUCAACAGAACUACCUCAAGAAUCUCAGAACAGUGAAAUACAACGAACACAAGAAAUCCAGAAUGAAGCAAAUUCUCAACAACUCGAUUCAUCGCCACAAUCCGAUCAGUCACAAUCCAAUGUUGAUGAUUUGCUAUUGGUACAACCACCAUUAUCUGAACAGUUUCGAGCAAUACAGAAUGGUCAAAAUCAAUCAUCACAACAGUCACAGCCUGGAAUCGACUCACAACGUCAACCCGAUUCAUCACCACAAUCCGAUCAGUCACUAUCCAAUGUUGAUGGUUUGCUAUUGGUACAACCACCAUUAUCUGAACAGUUUCGAGCAAUACAGAAUGGUCAAAAUCAAUCAUCACAACAGUCACAGCCUGGAAUCGACUCACAACGUCAACCCGAUUCAUCACCACAAUCCGAUCAGUCACUAUCCAAUGUUGAUGGUUUGCUAUUGGUACAACCACCAUUAUCUGAACAGUUUCGAGCAAUACAGAAUGGUCAAAAUCAAUCAUCACAACAGUCACAGCCUGGAAUCGACUCACAACGUCAACCCGAUUCAUCACCACAAUCCGAUCAGCCACAAUCCAAUGUUGAUGGUUUGCUAUUGGUACAACCACCAUCGUCUGAUCUGUUCCAAGUAUCGGAUUCACCGAUUCCUAAUGUGUCAAAUCCAAUAGUUGAGCAGCAUUCGGAAUUUGAGAAUUCAUUCUCUAGUGAACCGACACGGUCACUCGAAUCUCAUCUAUCUCCAGAUUCUCCAUUAUCCGAUCAACAGCACCAGCGACUACGAUAA